UUCCAUGACAGUGAAACGUAACACCCGUCCCCGGCCCCAUUAACUACCGACGAUUUUACAGGUGACUAGGGCCUAGCCGUCAGUGUCACUAGUGUCAGAUGUGUGGAAGUGGGUGAAAGGUACUGAUCUCUACAAAGAUGUGAAAGGUGGGCGGGAAGGCAGACAGGUUAUCGGGUGAAAUUGACCUCCCAGCAUUGUUGAUGCUGUUUUGUGUCUUUCCAGUAUACGCUGGUUCAGGUAGGCCAGGCAGCAAUCAGUACCUCCAUAGUACGACUACACGAGUUCAAAGUACAGCAUGUGCAUAGUCAUGACAGGGGCAAUCUGGGCCUGGGGGCCUAUGAUUGGUGAGCACGAACAUGAUCUUUGUUACUCUGUGAGUGUCAAUGUUGAAGUUGAACUCGAGCUUCAUCAGCGUGAGCCGAGUGGACAACUUUUGUAUAAGUUGAGAAAGUAUACAUAGCCUAGGCCUCGCUGUACGGCCCAGUCGGUGGUGCUGCAGUACGGCUGUGUAGUUGAUCGUGAUAGCCAAAUUGGGAGACGGAGAGGCAGAAUGAGGACUCCUUCGGCAGAUGCAGAUGGCGACUCGGAACCAAGUAGAUUAUCCAGUGCUGUGUUAGAUAUUGAACGGAUUGAGCACAACUUGUACAGAGCCUCAGAGCAUUGGAGAGAGUUCAGAGCCAAGCAGCUGUAUGGAGGGCUGGUCGUCUGUCAGGCCAUGGUAGCCGCUAGCAAAACAGUCCAGCCAGAGCUUCACAUCAACUCACUACACUGCUACUUCAUACGCAAAGGGAACCCAGAAAUCCCGGUUGUGUACCAGGUGGAGAGCCUUCGCGACGGCCGGAGCUUCUCCACACGAACCGUCCACGCCAUACAGAAUGGAAAGACCAUCCUGAUGAUGAUAGUGUCCUUUCACGUCAAGGAGGAGUCUCCUUACAAUCACCAGGCCACCAUGCCAGAGGUUCCCUCUCCAGAGAAUCUGCUGAGUGUUGAUGAUCUUAUUGAGAAAUAUUUGAGCCAUGCUUCUGAUGAGGUAAAAACCAGGAUUCGCAGUCUUGAAGGGUCUGGUGUCAUGGUAGAGUACAGGCAUGCCGAUGUCGAGACGAUCUUGACAAAAAACUCUCUACAGCCAAGGAGGUUGCUCUGGGUUCGGGUCAGGGGAACUUUAGGUGGGGAUGAGAACAUUCACCGUUGCGCUGCAGCCUACGUAUCCGAUGCCUUCCUGGCCUGGACAGCGUACAUGCCACACAGUCACAUCCAACUGGGCCAGAUUACCUCCUUGGACCACUCCAUUUGGUUUCAUGCGCCCUUCCGUGCCGACGAAUGGAUGCUGUACGAGAUGGAGAGCCCCAGGACCUGUGCAUCCCGCGGCAUGAGCUUUGGCCGUCUUUGGCGACGUGAUGGGACGCUGGUCGCUUCCAUCUCACAAGAGUGCCUCAUGAGACCCAAGAUAUGAAAAUUAUAGAGAGAAAUGAAUGAAGAAUUAAUCCAAAUCAGUGUUUUACAAAAUUCGUUGUGGUCUUUGUUUCUGAAAUACAUGAAUUAUAAAUGAAUGAAGCCAAAGAAAGAUUGCAGUUAGUAAGUGUAGCAGAAAAAUUUCAAAAUGAAACAGUUACUGUAUUUAAAUAGAAAAUAUGUCAGCAUUUCUCUACCAAGGGCAGUUGUAAUGUAUGUUUGGCUCUGGAUGCAUUCCCGUAGAAUUGAAAAUACCAUGUUUGUCUUUUUAGUUUGUCAUUAUAAGCACAAAUUAAGGAUUGUCAUUUUUUAGAUAAUGCUCAAGUUGAUUUUGGUGACAACAUAUAUGAAAUCUAUCAACAGUCAAAAUCAUCAAUGCCUUGAAAUCGGACAUUGUUUUAAAGUAUGAAACUUCAUGUUUUUUAAUAGCACCGUUUUGAUAAUACAAGGAUCCCAACAUAUAUUUAUGCUACUGAGUAAGUGGAAUGCAGAAUUUUGGACUUUAUCGAGCAUCCUGCAUCAAGGCACCUGGUUUAGUGUUAGCUUCCUUGAAAACAAUUUAUAAUUGUCUACUACAAAGCAGCUACUCCGAAAUGCACUGAACAGAAAUACAGAGCUUAAGUUCAAAUUAUGAAGCUUGCAUAGAUAAAAAGCCUAGUUUGACUUUAUCUUAUAGUCAUUGCGUUGUUACAGUUCUGUUGAAAGCAUAAUUGAAAACAUAUAAUCAGCAAAUUAAGACAGCUGAAGUUUUCCCAGAGCUGUUCUUCACAUUGUUUUCAUAGCGUGUCCUUUGGUGUCUCAAAGUUUUGCCUUAAUGUGCACACAUAGAUUACGCACGCGGUACUCUGUGCAGACAAUAAGCAAACAAGAUUUGCACGAGAGUAGAUAUCUUAUUAAAUGACCUCCAUGAAGUUUA